GAGGAAGCCAAGAUGGCAGCCACCAUGAAGGGACCUGUAGCGGUUGAAGACGUGAACGUCACGUUUGAAGACCAGCUGAAGAUCAAUAAAUUCGCCAGGAACACGAGUCGGAUGACGGAGCUAAAAAAGGAAAUCGAAGCAAAGAAAAAAUCGCUGCAGAACUUACAGGAUGCCAGCGAUGACCUCAUGAUGUUGGACGACGACUCUCUAUUGAUCCCUUAUCAAAUUGGCGACGUCUUCGUCAGUCACACCCAGGAAGAAACACAAGAGAUGCUGCAAAGUGCAAAGGAAGCGCUGGAGCAGGAGGUCAGAGGCCUUGAGGAACGAGUGUCAGCGAUACAGCAAACGUUGGGUGAUCUGAAGAUCCAGCUCUAUGCCAAGUUUGGUGACAACAUUAACCUGGAGGCAGAAGAAAGCUGAGCGGUGAAAUGGACAUUGACAGCUGCCCGACUGCCCUCUGGGUCGGAUGGAAUUUACUAAAUGUCUCUUUGACACGUGUGUGCGCUGAGCUCUCUCUUCUUUAACGACUGAAAUGUGAAAGUCUUGACCUUAAUUCAGAGUUUUGUGGUGUUUCCACGUCGAGUCAGGUUGAUUAAAUUCGUCCCAUCUGUUACUGAUCCACGUGGUUUUUUUGUUUUUGAAAAUGAAAACUCUCAGAAACGGAGCUGAGAAAGAUGUUUAGAGGCUUGACAGAUCUCAGACUGAGAGACUGAGACAAACAAGUCUGCUCUUUUGUUAUGAAGCAGAAUUGAAGUCAAACUGAUAAUCUGCUCAGACACGUUGAAGAAAGAUUUCGGUCUGUAUCAAGACACUGAUUUUCAACAGCGGUGGAAGAAGAAUUCAAAUGCUUUACUUAAAAGCACCAAUACCACAAUGUAGAAAUACUCCAUUACAAAUAAGAAAUUCUACUCCCAUAAAAAUGUCUUUAAAGUCUCAACAGUACUUGUUCUGCAGAAAGAAACCACUCUUGAUGUUAUUAUGUAUUAAUAAACUUGUCAAUGUGAA